AUGGCCGACCUCAACGCCGCCCCCCAGUUCGCGCUCUGCGUGGCGCUGGGCAUCUCCAACAUCCUGAAGCCGCUGCUCGACUUCCUGGACGACGGGGCCAACAAGCCGCUCAGCCCCGUCCUCGAGUUCGCCGUCGCCGUGCUCAUCCCCACCCUCCCGCUCGCGUACCUCAUGGGCAUCCUCCUCCUGCAGCUCCAGGCGGCGCCGGCCGUGCCGCCGGCUCCCGGGGCGGCAAGGAGGCUCGCUUGCUUCGCCUGCACCGUGGUGUCGGCCGUGCUUGCUCUGCUCGCCGUGGCCCUCAUCGCCUUCUGGUUCCUCACCGGCGGCUCGCCGCCGUGA